UAGAGGUUCAAUCUAUCUUAAAUCACACAACCAACCCUGACUAGUUCGAUAUGAUUGUAAAGUACCUGACUCUGCUGCUUGGAGCUGCCCUCUUAUGUGAAGGACGGGUUCCCCAACUGGAUCAACGGAUCAUUGGAGGUUUUCCUGUACCCAUAAAAAGAGUUCCUUGGCAAGUGUACCUAGAAGCGAGAAAAUCAAACUGUUCUGGUGAUGGAAAGUAUUGCGGUGGAUUGAUCUACAAGGAGGACAUAAUUUUAACAGCCGCCCAUUGCAUUGAAAAUGUUGCUGCGAAAGAUAUAUCAGUGUACUUUGGAUCGGAGAAAAGGGGAUUUGGUGAAUUGGUAAAUGUAUCUAAGGCAAUAAGCCACGAAGACUAUAAGGGAGAACUAUACAGCUUUGCCAACGAUAUAGCUGUGCUCAUCCUGAGUUCCCCCAUUCCUCUCGGCGAUAAUGCCAGCACCAUCAAGUUGGCUGAUGAAACACCUGAAGUAGGAGAGAAGGUACUUGCCACUGGCUGGGGACGAACGGUUGAAAAUGAUGCAAAUUCUGCCCCAACUACUUUGCUGGGGACUUUUGUUAGAGUCCAAAACCAGGACUUUUGCAGAGGAGUAUAUGGCCUUAGUUUCUAUUUUAUUACCGAUAGUAUGAUAUGUGCCAACGAAUUCGGAAAAGGAGCCUGCCAGGGUGACUCUGGAGGACCUUUGGUUAACUCUAAAAGCGAGCUUAUUGGCCUUGCUUCCUUUAACCUUGGCUGUGAUAAGCCAGACACUCCCGAUAUCUAUACUAAUGUUGUGGUGUUCAAGGACUGGAUCCUGGGUGCAGCUAAUAUUAUAGUUUAAUGCAUUGAAGUUAAAUAAAAAUGUGCAACCAAAAAAAGUUUA